UGUGUUUAAUAGAAAGAAGGUUACCCAAUCAUUUAUCACUCAAUAUCCAGAAGCACGUGACUUCUUACUUCAUCAUCUCCUCAUUUUUAUUAGUGAUUUUUCCUUUUUUUUUUUCCUCUUUCUUUUCCCUUUACAUAAAAUGGCAACAAAAAGUGCAUACAAACGCUUAACAAAAGAAUACAUGGCAAUUCAGAAAAAUCCCCCACCAUUUAUCACAGCAAAGCCAUUAGAGAAUAACAUCCUGGAAUGGCAUUAUGUUAUCCGAGGCCCACCUGAUUCACCCUACGCAGGAGGAGAAUAUUAUGGUAGAUUAAACUUUCCUGCUGAAUACCCAUUCAAACCGCCUUCUAUUCGUAUGACUACACCUUCUGGACGUUUCCAACCUGACACAAGACUCUGUCUAACGAUGAGUGAUUUUCAUCCUAGCUUAUGGAAUCCUAGUUGGUCUGUAGCUACCAUAUUAAAUGGAUUACUAAGUUUUAUGGUUGGCGAUGAAGCAACGACGGGUAGCAUAAAGACAAGUACAGCAGAAAAGAGAAUAUAUGCUGCUAGAUCCCAUUUAUGGAACCUGAACCAUUACAAGUUUAGAGGUAAAUUAACAUGAUUGAAAAGGAGAAGAGAGAGCAUAUGAGCUCAUUCUAUAUUUGCAGAAGUAUUUCCAGAACUAUGUACAGUAGAUUUAAAUAAUUCAUCAACGACAGAUAAUACCUUAAUUAAACGUAUAAAAGAACCCACCUCAAUACAAACAAAUAAUAUCGAACAACAGCAACAACAACAACAUAAUCUAACUCACACAGCUG